AUGGACAAGACAUUGAAAUUUAUUACAUUUCUACUCGGGUUGAUUCGUAGUUUUUUAUCAAUAUGGAUCCAUCUUGGCUUUCGUUUGAUAUAUGGAAAUCAAAAAUUUAAAUUACCGUCUAUAAAGAAUCAAAUAUUGCUUCAACCAGCAACUGUAGUUGCUAAACGCAUUCGCCAAAGACAAAUAACAGCUUAUGAAGUUGUUUUUGCUUACAUUGAUCGCAUAAAGUCUAUUCAACCAUUUUUAAAUGUUUAUGUUGAUGAAAGAUUUGAACAAGCAUUAAAUGAAGCACGAGAAAUAGAUGAAAUUUUAGAUAAUGGCGAACCAUUACCGGCUAAAUGGAACGAGGAAAAGGCUCCAUUCCUUGGUAUCCCAUUUGCUAUUAAAGAAUCAAUGCAAUAUCGAGGUUUUCACAAUUCAACCGGUAUUGCUGCAAGAAAAAAUUUCAUAUCAACAGAAACAGCAACAUCAGUAGAAAAUAUGUUGAAAGCAGGUGCUAUUCUUUUGUGUAAUACAAAUGUCAGUGAAGGUUGUAUGUGGUUUGAAUCCCGUAAUUCUCUUUAUGGUACAACGAAUAAUCCAUAUGAUUUAACGAGAAUUGUGGGUGGUAGUUCAGGUGGUGCUGGUUGUAUAGUUUCAGCAGCUGGUGUACCAUUUGCUGUUGGUGCAGAUAUUGGUGGAAGUAUUCGGUUACCCUCAUUUAUGAAUGGAAUAUUUGGACAUAAAACAUCGCCUGAUAUAGUUCCAAAUGAUGGUCAAUAUCCUCCACAUAAAGAUCAUCAUCAAAAGUAUCUUUUAGCAACUGGACCAAUGUGUCGUUAUGCAUGUGAUUUACAACCAAUGCUUAAAGUAUUAGCAGGUCCCGAAAAUAUUGACAGAUUAUUAGAUAUUGAUACUCCGGUCAAUUUAGGUAAACUACGGUAUUUCUAUAUUGAUGAAAUAGAUGCUUAUUUUGUUAAUAAAGUUGAUCGAGAACAAAAAUUAGCUCAUCGACAAGUUGUUGAACAUUUAGAAAAUAAAUAUAAAAUUCAUGUAAUACGCUUACGAUUAAAUCGUCUUCGUUAUGCCGUAUCGCUUUGGUCAGCAAUGAUGGUCGAUGGUCAAUUGUCAUCACGUGAUUUUUCAUUAUCACUUUGUAAUAAUACAUCCUAUGUUAAUGGUUAUCAUGAAUUAUUAAAAAAGUUUUUAUUUCGUUCAACACAUACAUUACCAUCUAUUGGUCUCGUUAUAUUAGAAGCAUUACCAAAUAAAUACAAUAGACGUUUUCAUAGACUAGCACAUAAGUUUUUUGAUGAAAUUCAAGUUCUAUUAGGUGACGAUGGGGUUUUAUUAUUCCCAACAUUUCCUCAGUCAGCACCAGUUCAUGUUUGGCCGUUGCUUAUGAAUACAUUUGAUUAUAUCUAUUGUGGUAUUAUUAAUGCAUUAGGUUUACCAUCCACACAGUGUCCAUUAGGAUUAGAUAGUAAACAGUUACCAUUAGGUAUUCAAUGUAUUGCUGGUAGAGGCCAUGAUCAAUUAACUUUAGCUGUUGCACAAGAAAUUGAACAAGCGAUGGGAGGAUGGGUAUCACCAAGUCGAAUAAAUUAA